AUGGCCGACCGCGAAUAUGACGAGCACGAGGGAUCCGUGGACCCCGAACUCCUAUACACCAAGGAAUUUUGUAUAGGUGGUGGAAGCUUCGGCAAGGUCUACAAAGGUGUCGACAAACGGAGUGGCCAGGCAGUGGCCAUCAAGGUUAUCGAUAUCGAAAGCGCCGAGGACGAAGUUGAAGACAUCAUCCAGGAGAUCGCGAUCCUUUCCGAGCUGCAGUCGCCCUACGUCACCAAAUACUAUGGUUCAUAUGCCAAAGGCGCCGAGCUAUGGAUCGUCAUGGAGUUUUGCUCGGGGGGCAGCUGUGCCGAUUUGAUGAAGCCCGGCCUGAUUGGGGAAGACUACAUCGCCAUCAUCGUCCGUGAACUGCUGCUGGGGCUGGACUACUUGCACCAAGACAAGAAACUACACCGAGAUGUCAAAGCUGCCAACAUCCUCCUUGCUGCUAACGGUCAGGUCAAGCUAGCUGAUUUUGGUGUUUCCGGUCAGCUAUCGGCGACCAUGACCAAGAAAAACACGUUUGUCGGCACCCCAUUCUGGAUGGCCCCCGAGGUUAUCAAGCAAAGCGGCUACGAUCACAAGGCUGAUAUCUGGUCUUUGGGUAUCACGGCCCUUGAGCUUGCCAAGGGAGAGCCACCAUAUGCCGAUAUUCAUCCCAUGAAGGUGCUAUUCCUGAUUCCCAAGAAUCCGCCUCCACGUCUGGAAGGUAACUUCACCAAAGGGUUCAAGGAGUUCAUUGAGUUGUGCUUGCAGCGUGACCCCAAGGAAAGGCCAACGGCAAGAGAACUUCUCAAGCAUCCCUUCAUCAGGCGGGCAAAGAAGACGAGCUAUCUGACGGAGCUCAUCGAGCGGCACAACCGGUGGGCAGCUACGCACAAGCAGGAUGACGAAGAGUACCAUGAGCCCGAGGAAAACAACUAUGUCGAGCAACGGAAGCAUAUCAAUGAGGACAUGUGGGACUUUGGCACAGUGCGGCUGGUUAGUGACCGCGGCGGUGUUGUCCACCGGCCGGGCAUGUUGAACCCCAUGGACGAGUCAACACUCAAUGCGAGGUCUUCGAGAGCCAACGAGAGCGCGGAUAACCGGGACGACUGGAGAAGGGAAUCCAACCAAGCUACAUCCAAACUUGCAGUUGACACCAGUGGGACAGGCACAGCGAGGCAAGCAUCACCUGCGAGGAAACCGGUGGGAACGCCAAGCACGGCGAUGCCGCCCCCGACCAGAGUCCCUGUGCCUAUUUCACCUGUUAAGCAGCAGAUACAACAACUAGAGCAACAGCAACACCAAACGAGAGAAUCCGCAACGCCCCGCACAUCACUAGCCAGACCAGUGUCACACGUACCAUUAGGCAGUUCUCCAGAUUAUGAUCAUGUGCUUCAGGAACAGUUACGACGGGAUAUCGGGGGUAUGAACCUCGGACCGGCUAUCCAGAACAGCACACAGCCACAAUCAGCACUCUCCCCACCACAGUAUAGCCAACAACCUACGUCUUCAUCGUCGAGAACCUCUGCUGGACCCAUGAAGUUGCCUGAGAUACCCCCAUACAGAGGAGGACAACCUGCACAGCAACAGCCGCUCCAAAAACUUACCAACCAGCAAAUAAAUCAGCAAGCACCAAACACAAGCAUGCCUUUCCAGCAGCAGCAGCAGCCCCCCCUCUACCAUCAACCUUCGCGUGAAUCACUUUACCGGCAGCAGCAGCAGCAGCAACAACCACAGCAGCAACAGCGUCAGCUAAAUCAUCAACCUUCGCGCGAGCAAGUAUACCAGCAGCACCAGAGACAACAGUCACAGCCGUCCAUGCUCUAUCAUCAGCCCUCGCGCGAGUCAUUGUAUCAACAACAGCAGCAACAACAGCAUCAGCGACGAGAUUCACAACAGUAUCAACAGUCCUCAGGACAGUAUCAACCCAACAGAUCCAGCUAUCAUCAAAGUCAGGGUCUGAGCCCCUUCACAUCAAAGGAGAUGCCACGAUCGUCGCCAUCAGGGAGCCGCAUCGUCUCUACCUCGUCCAACUAUGGCGGAGCCAGUACGCCGUCCUCGUCAUCAACAUCACUUGCGUUCCCUUCGCCUGAUCCACCCAGUCCCAGCGGCGAGUUGGACGCCCUAAACGACGUGAUUUUUCCUGCACUGGAGGAAGCGCUCAAACGUCGCCAAAUCAUGCUGCAGCAGACGUACCGACCGGAACCGGGAUAUUCUCCUGCCCCGCCAACCCCGAAGCAGCAGCGUGCUGAAGCGGCCAACGAGAAGAUACGGAAGCUCGUGUAUAAGUUGGCACAUGUGUGCAAGGAGAUUGAUCAUUAUGAUAAAGCGGAGCCGGUGGGGAUGGGCAAGGACGUGGGAGGUUUCCUGGAGGGGCUUUUGGAGGAGAUAUUGGUGAGAGUCGAGCCGCUUGAUGUUUUGGGGGAAGAUGGACAUGGUGGUUAG